UUUACAUUGAGAAGAUUUAUAUUUUUCUGUGCAUGUUGUUUUUAUCUCUUUUAAUGACUUUAAAAGAAGCUCAUUAUCGUCUGAUGUAGUUUGUUUUGUUACUGGUCACAUGCAAGAGAUGUUCAUCAUGAGAGAGCAGGUGGAUGUGAUUCAUGCUGGAGAACAGCAGAUGUUGCAGACACCAGUGAAGAUUGAAGUGAAGCAGGAGAUAAAAGAAGAGGAAGAACAGACUGAUGAUGAUGAUGAUGAUGAACAGAAGAUGCUGCAGACACCAGUGAAGAUUGAAGUGAAGCAGGAGGAGAUAAAAGAAGAAAACACAGCAGAGGAACAACAGAGUGAUGAAGAUGAUGAACAGCAGAUGCUGCAGACACCAGUGAAGAUGUGUUCAGUGAAGCUGCUGGACUGCAGGAACCUGAAGAAGAUGAGAGGAGAAAACACAGCAGAGGACCAACAGAGAGAUGAAGAUUGUGAUGAUGAUGAUGAUGAUGAUGAAACCACAGCAGAGGAACAACAGAGAGAUGAAGAUGAUGAUGAUUUUAUUCCUUCAGAGCUGAUGAAAGUGAGAGAAGAACGUGAAGAGCUGAAGGAAGUGGAGAAGGAACAUCAUGAUUUUAUAGCUGGAGAAAAAUCUUUAAGUGGCUCAAAGACAGAAGACAAUUUCUCACCUAAAAAGCCUCAAAGAAAAGCCAAGAAAUCUUUCACCUGCUCUCAGUGUGGAACAUGUUUCACAUGUAAAAGCAAUCUUAAUAAACACAUGAGAGUUCAUACUGGAGAGAAACCAUACAAGUGCUCACACUGUGGAAAGUGUUUCACUCGGUCACAUGACCUGAAAACACAUGAGAGAAUUCAUACUGGAGAGAAACCUUACCAAUGCUCACACUGUGAAAAGAGUUUCACUCAGUCAGAACACCUGAAAUCACACAUGAGAGUUCAUACUGGAGAGAAACCUUACACAUGCCAUCAGUGUGGAAAAAGUUUUGCAUAUGCAACCAAUCUCAAAAGUCAUCUCUUUUGUCACUCUGGAGAAAAGUCAUUUGAAUGUGAUAAGUGUGGUAAAACAUUUGUUCUUGCACAGUCCCUAAAACAACAUCUGAAUACUCACACAAAUGAGAAGCCUUACAAGUGUUCUUUUUGUGGAAAGAGUUUUGCACGCAUGUCCUAUUUGAAAGAGCACCAGAAAAUACAUACCGGUGUGGCGGCUCAUAUGUGCUUUGAAUGUGGGAAGACCUUUACUACAGCCAGCAGCUUGAAACUGCACCAAAGAAUUCAUACUGGAGAGAAACCAUACAAGUGCUCACACUGUGGAAAGAGUUUUACUCGGUCAGAACACCUGAAAACACACGAGAGAAUUCAUUCUGGAGAGAAACCAUACAAGUGCUCACACUGUGGAAAGAGAUUCACUCUGUCUCAAAACCUGAAAACACAUGAGAGGUUUCAUACUGGAGAGAAACCAUACAAGUGCUCACACUGUGGAAAGCGAUUCACCCAGUCAGUAAACAUGAAAACACACGAGAGAAUUCAUUCUGGAGAGAAACCUUUCAAGUGCUCACACUGUGAAAAGAGUUUCACUUGGUCACAAGACCUGAAAAUACACGAGAGAUUUCAUACUGGAGAAAAACCAUACAAGUGUUCACACUGUGGAAAGAGUUUCACUCAGUCAGUAAACCUGAAAACACACGAGAGAAUUCAUUCUGGAGAGAAACCAUACAAGUGCUCACACUGUGAAAAGAGUUUCACUCGGUCACAAGACCUGAAAACACACGAUAGAAUUCAUACUGGAGAGAAACCAUACAAGUGCGCACACUGUGAAAAGUGUUUCACUCGGUCACAUGACCUGAAAACACAUGAGAGAAUUCAUACUGGAGAGAAACCUUACAAGUGCUCACAUUGUGAAAAGAGUUUCACUCGGUCAGAAAUCCGGAAAACACAUGAGAAAACUCAUACUGGAGAGAAACCUUACAAGUGCUCACACUGUGGAAAGAGUUUCACUUGGUCACAAGACCUGAAAACACACGAGAGAAUUCAUACUGGAGAGAAACCUUACAAGUGCUCACAUUGUGAAAAGAGUUUCACUCGGUCACAAGACCUGAAAACACAUGAGAAAACUCAUACUGGAGAGAAACCUUACAAGUGCUCACACUGUGGAAAGAGUUUCACUCAGUCAGGUGGCCUGAAAAGACAUGAGAGAAUUCAUACUGGAGAGAAACCAUACCACUCAGGGCCUGAAAUUCAUUGCUGAAAAUGGUUAGGGAAUUCCCCCUUUAAGGCCUCUAUACUUCCUACGAAAUGAAAGAAUGAGCAAAACCUGGCCAAAAAGAAGGUGUUUUUGCAUUGGUUGUGGUGGUUUGUAAAGGCUCGCUCGGGUGAUGAGGAGCAGAUGUGUAGACUGCAAGCUCUGCGCACUUUGCUAAUUUUUUACAUUUAUUUUCUUGUUAUAAUCCGGUGGAAUUUGAUACACCCAGUGACACAUUUGCUCUUUGAGCUAAUUAUGGCAAAGAAGUCAAAGUCAUCGGGCUCUGGUGAUAUUUAAAGACACUUACGUUUUCAAGAUGAAUGCCCUGACGGGCCCGCAGUCCGGUGACUCAAUUUUGAUGGUGCAGCCGGGGAAAUUCUCCGUCAAAUGUCCAAUGUUUGUGAUGCUGACAAAGGUUGUUGCUGACUUUGAGGAUCUCGCUGUAAUACGUCGAUCGAUAAUGGCGAUGGAAACAAAAUUGUUUGUUACAAGAAUGUCAGAUGUUGAGAAAAGGAUAGAUAAACUGGAGUAAUCGGAGAGGGAAUUAUCCGCUAAUCCGCCCGAGACCAAAGUUGAUUUGGAACAUGUUCUUGAAAAGCUUGAAGAUCUUGAGAAUAGGAGCCACAGAAAUAACAUCUGAAUUGUUGGAAUUUGUGAGCAUGAGGUGGGCAGAGAUAUGGUGAAAUUCCUAGAUGAGCUCUUCUAGAGUCUGCUCGACAUAACAGGCCAUAAAAUGGAAAUAGAUCUCACAGAUUUCCUGCUUGCAGAUCUGCUGAGGAAGACCGGCCCUGAUCAAUUCUGUCCAAAUUUCUGUGAUCAUUUGGUAAAUAUCGUGUUGUGCCAGGCGAGGAGCAAAGAAAAGCUUUCUUGGAAGAAUUACAAUAUUUUCUUGUUCCCGGGCUUUGUGAAUUCGACGAGAGAAACGCAAUCAGUUCAAGGAAUGUAAGAAACUCUUACAUCAAUGGAAGAUCGAUUUUGCUCUGAUGUUUCCGGCCAAACUGAGAAUGGACACCAAGGAUGGCCUCAAGAUAAUUUUGUGCCCAAAACAAGCAUUGUCUUUCAUAAAAACAAUGAGUGAGUAACCAUUGGGUAUUUCCUAUGUGAAUGGAUCGACUCACUGUUCAUUGACUCGACUGUUUGAGGAAGCUGGUCACCAUUUUUGUUUCUUUUUGUGUUGGUUCCACAUAGCGGCUGGAGUUUGUUUUGUGGAAUGUCACUCCAAGUGACUUUUGAAUUGAUGGAAGAUCGCUUUUACACUGACGUUUUCGGCUAGAUUGAGAAGGGACACUGUGGGUGACCGCAAAAUAUGUAUAUGCCUACACAAAGGAUGUUUUUAUAUCUAAGUCCCAAAUUUAAUCUGUUGUUGAUUGCUCAAUUGGAAACAUUGUAGUCUCAGAUCAUGCCCUGGUGAGUUUAGAGGUGCUGCCACAUACAGAGAAAAAGAAAUCAUAUAGUUGGUGCUUUAAUGUAUCCCUAUUGCAAAAUCCUGAUUUCCAACAAAUGUUAAAGACUGAAAUCAAUGUGUAUAUGGAGACCAACUGGUACUCCGUAUCUUCUGUGGGCAUGGCUUGGGAGGCACUUAAGGUGGUUCUUAGGGGUCGGAGCAUACAGUAUGCCUCAUUCAUCAAAAAAUCCAAAGCACAAGAACUUGUUUGAAGGAUAUAUUAAAAGUGCCGAGGCAGAUCUGAAGCGCCGAAUGUCAUCUGAUGGCCACAGUGAAUUGACUCGAUUGAAAUACAGAUAUAAUACUAUUUUGUUGUGGAAAGUGGAGUUUUGGUUAUUCAGGGCAAGACAGUCAUACUUUGAAUUAGGUGACAAAGCAGGAAAACUUAUGGCUAAAUAAAUAAAGCAGAGAGUCUUUUUCUACCAUUCCCUCAGUGAAAUCUGCUGGUGGUGAAAUUAUUACCUCGGCCAUUGAUAUUAAUAAUGCUUUUAAAGAAUUCUAUCUUGAUCUCUAUAGUUCCACAUCUUCAACUACUGAUGAAGAUAUUAUAAACUUUGUGGAACCAUUAGAACUCCCUAAAUUGACGACUGAGCAAAACAAUUCUUUUGGUUCUGAGAUAACCUUGGUGGACCUUGGCGAGGUAAUUAAGGUCUUGCCUACAGGCAAUGCUCUGGGGCCAGAUGGCUUUGCCGUUGAUUUUUUAAAAUCUUAUGCUACAGAACUGGCUCCACUUUUGUUGGAAAUGUAUACAUUAUCUUUAAAGAAUGGAAAGCUUCCCCCAACCAUGACACAUGCCUGGAUUAGUCUGAUUCUUAAAAAGGACAAAGAUCCAAGCGAGUGUAAAAGUUUCCGUCCAGCUUCCCUGAUCAAGCUAGAUUUAAAAAUGUUCAAAAUUCUGGCUAACCGAUUAAGUUAUGACAUCUCUUAUACAUAUAGAUCAGGUGGGGUUUAUUCUGGGCCAUAGUUCUUCUGAUAACAUUAGGCGUCUCAUCAAUAUCAUGUGGUUGGUGGCGAAUGAUCAGACUCCGGUCGCGGUCAUUUCACUUGACGCCAAAAAGGCAUUUACAUUUAUGCAUUUGGCAGAUGCUUUUAUCCAAAGCGACUUACAGUGCAAUUAUUACAGGGACAAUCCCAACGAAGCAACCUGGAGUUAAGUGCCUUGCUCAAGGGCCCAACAGUGUCAUCUUGGUGGUGCUGGGUCUUGAACCCCCGACAUUAUAUAAGCUUUUACUUUAUACUGAUAAAAUAAGAUUAUUCGUCUCCGACCCCACUAGAUCUAUGCCUUGCCUCCACAGAAUUAUCAAUUUCUUUUCUACAUUUUCAGGAUACAGUGUUAACUGAUCUAAAUCCGAAGCAUUGGCUCUGACUGCCGGGCACCUUUCAAAGGCCCAAACAGGGCGUUAAGUAUUUGUAUAUUUUAUUCCCAGCAAAUUUGUGAUUUAGUCAGGGUUCCCUUUAAUAAAAAGGUUUUCGAGUGA